UAUUUGUGUGAAUAGAUGGAUGGUAUAGAAAGGCUUCUUCUCUUCCCACAUCUCUACCUAUUUGGUAAAGGGGUAUAAGGCCUCCUCGUAAAGACAACAUGACGAGAAGUACGCACGUUGACCAGCUCUGGGCUACUACCAACCGUAUCGUCUCUCACAGAACAGCAAGCAACGUCCCUCAAAUGGAGUACUCGGAUAAGCCGGCCCUUGAUCUAGAAAUGGCUCUUGAUGAGGAUCUGGAGGAGCUAGGCCGCAAGAGACCAGCAAUGUUCACGUCGGCGUGGGCGGAAUUUGGGUUCUGUUACUCGAUUGUCAUGUCGCAACUGUUGACUGAGUACUUCGUAUCCGGCUUCAACGUCGUCCUACCUACUGUCGCUAAUGACCUAAAUAUCGCUCCUGAGUCAGCGACAUGGCCCGCUGCCGCCUUUUCCCUCGUUGUCUCUGCCUUCCUGAUCAUCUUUGGGCGGUUUGCCGACAUGUACGGCGGCUCCAUAGCCUACCUAGUUGGUGUCAUCUGGCUUACGAUCUUCUCCGUCGUCACUUCUUUUGCUCAGGACGAGAUCAUGCUCGAUGUCUGCCGUGCGCUACAGGGUCUUGGCCCUGCUGCCUUUCUUCCCUCUGGUAUGAUGCUCCUUGGAGUCGUUUACCGUCCUGGCUACCGCAAGAACAUCGUCUUCUCUAUCUAUGGCGCCUGUGCUCCGCUUGGAUUCUUCCUCGGCAUUUUCUUCGCUGGCGUCGCGGGCCAAUACUCGACCUGGCGCCUCUACUUCUGGAUAGGGGCAGGACUAUCAGCGAGCACUGUUGCACUAGCGUGGUUCUGUGUGCCUAGUGACUGGGCGGAAAAAAGGGAGCUUAGGAGGAGUGGACAAGGGGGUGUUGGGAUUGACUUUAAAGGGCCCUUUCUCAUUGUAUGUGGGCUUGUGUUGUUCGUGUUUGCGAUCACGGACAUGGCCCAUGCACCUAAUGGAAUCAAGACUUGGUACAUUUUGACCACAUUGGUAGUAGGAAUCGCGGGCUUAAUGCUUGGAUUCUGGUUCGAUAGCCACGCUAAAUUCCCUUUGAUCCCGGGGAGUAUCUUCAAGGUCAAGAGCAUGACGCCGCUUAUCAUUGCCAUGUUCUUUUCUUUUGCGAGUCUAGGUAUCUUUUUGCUCUAUAGCACGUACUACAUGACCGAAAUAAUGGGCGGUACACCCAUGCAGCUCGUCGGGUGGUUCACUCCCAUGGCCCUCGGCGGCUGCAUCAUUGGCACAGUUGGCGGGACUGUGCUCCACAAGAUUCCUGGUACUGCAAUCUUGAUUCUCGCAGGUCUCGGCUGGAUCGUCGCUCCCCUUCUCUUUGCACUAGCGCCCGACGGCGCAAACUAUUGGUACUUCACGUUCUGGAGUAUGCUGGGCGCGACCAUCGGUAUCGAUGGCAGUUUCAAUGUUGUCAGCGUGUUUAUGAGCACGCAUCUGCCAGUACAUCAGCAAGGACUGGCAGGUGCGUUGGUCAAUUCUGUGCUGCAAUUGAGUAUUGCUGUCUUUCUUGCGGUUGCAGAUAUGGUGGUUGCUUACACGGAGGACGAUCAGGGAAGGAGGCAGGGGCUUAAGAAUGCCUUCUGGUUGGAGCUUGCAUGUGCCGGAACUGCGCUGGUCGUAAGUGUCUUGUUCGUGGAUGUGAAGGUGGCUGAUCACAAUGGUCCACAAGCAGUGGACGAGAAGAAGGGGAAAGCGGCGAAAGCACAAGGUAUCGACAAGCCCGCACGUAUGAGCAGCGAGGGAAGAGAUGAGGGUAUAAUUAGUAGCGCGGAAGCUAAAGCCGAGCUGACAUCGUUACCACCCGUGGUCUUACAAUCGAAUCCGUCGCGCAGCUCGGAGGUGGUAGGAGAGCGAUAGCAGAUGCUAAGCUAUGCGAGUUAGCUUCGGGACGACCUGGUGUAUUGUCUCUUGUUGGCAAUUAAUUGGAAGAUACCCUGGAUCUGCAGCGCGUAAAGUUCUCCUCUUAAUACACCCGAAGGGCAUGGGCCUGGAUGUACAUUACUGAUAUACCACUCGAGCCCUGAGAGCGUCGUGCUCUUCGUUAUCAUUAGAUGCUUCCUUAAGUGCAAAGUCGAAGUUCCUCCCCAAUAGAGAAAUGGUACAUC